ACUUGCGUUUCAGUCUCAAAGCGGUGCAGUCAGCAGCCACUAACGGUUAAUAUUUUAGAGAAGCGAUUUCAAAAAAAGUUUUUCAAAAUCCCAUCGACCGUUUGCUCAACGUUUUUGAACUCUGUUUUUGUGUUUUGCAGUGGAAUCGAUCUGAAACAAUCGAACUUUGAUCGCAUUUAAAGCAAAAGUGUUGUGUGCAUUUGUGAAAAAGGGAGACAGCCGCACAAAGAUGACAAACCGAUGCGCUUGCUUCGCCUUGGCCUUCCUGCUCUUCUGCCUCCUGGCCAUCUCGAGCAUCGAGGCAGCUCCGAUGCCCAGGUACCAAUCCAAUGGAGGAUACGGUGGCGCUGGCUAUAACGAACUGGAGGAGGUGCCCGACGACUUGCUCAUGGAGCUGAUGACUCGCUUUGGACGCACCAUCAUACGGGCACGCAACGAUCUGGAGAACUCCAAGCGAACCGUGGACUUUGGCCUGGCCCGGGGAUAUUCGGGCACCCAGGAGGCGAAACAUCGCAUGGGUCUGGCUGCAGCCAACUUUGCCGGAGGACCCGGGCGAAGGCGGCGAUCCGAGACCGAUGUCUAAGCUGCGAAUCCUGUGUGCGUUGAGGACGACGAGUGUCAACUUCUCCAGCAACUGAACUUGACCCAUAAUUUGAUACUUUCCUAGAGCUUUCAUUUGUUUGUUAUUCAUUGUACAUAAAUAUUUAUUACGAAAAUGUUCUCAUUUGCCCAUGCAUUCAUCACAUUCUCUUUCUUCAAGAACUAUGCAAGAAUAAUAUUGAACAGAUUUCGAAAUUAUAUCUACCAAAAGGCGAACAACAACCGAAUAAAAGCGUUAAACUGUUGCUCCGAACGAAAAUAUUGAACACGAUUUAUGAAAACUUUCAUCUCCGAUUUAACUCUGCAACUCUGCUAAUUGCUCGUUUGAACAAUUCCUCAAAAUUAGGGGAAAAGGUAUAAGGAGAAGGGAGAAAUUUAAAUAAAUAUCCUAAAUAUAUAUUCAAGUGUAAGCAUAAUCGCGCAAAAAAUCUUUAACUAGGUAUGUCUUACAUAAACUAAAAAAAAAACCAAGAAAAAAAGAGCUACACAAAUAUACAUAACAUACAAACUUAUAUGCCACACACUUUUGGCCCCCAAAUGAAGCCAACCAAACCCCAGAAAAGAAACCCCAAAAAGGAAACCCCAACGAAACUGAAAGUUUAUUUUACCCAUAGCGCCGACUUGGUCUCACGCGACUUUUAAGUAUUGUAAAUAUAAAUGAUUAAAACACACACGUACAACUAAUGCGAUACAAAUAUAUUACGGAAUUCUACUUGCAUAUAUGUUUAAUAAUUAUUGUGUCUAUGCUGCAAACAUACAUAUAAUCUUAACGUGAGUCGGGCACGAUCCAAUAAAAGUCUACAUUUUGAGAA